AUGGAGCUCAUCGAACUGCGGAAUCUGCAGCCGGAGCCGCGGCCGGGCCGGGGCCGCUUGGAACGGACCAAUGCGUUGCGCAUCAGCCCGGCUCGCCGGCCCGGCCCUGCCCUCGGCUCUGGAGCUCAACCCGAUCCGCGGCUCACGGCAGCGCCGGGCGCCGGGCACCGCUUUGAGCCCCGCCGCCGCGGGCUCCACACCUGGUGCGACCUCUGCGGAGACUUCAUCUGGGGCGGCGGUAGGAAGAGUCUCCAGUGCUGCCACUGCAGCUUCACCUGCCACUAUCGGUGCCGGGCCUUGGUGCGACUGGACUGCAGUGGCCCUCUGGGAACUGGUGAUGAGGACGAUGGCACUGAGCAGGCACUGGAGGACACCAAUGUGGAUGAGCCCAGUGAGUGGGAGAAGACAGAGCUGGACCAGGCGCAGGUGGAGCAGCGGAUCAAAGAGUACAACAGCCAGAUCAACAGCAACCUAUUCAUGAGCCUGAACAAGGACGGCUCCUACACCGGCUUCAUCAAGGUGCAUCUGAAGCUGGUGCGCCCUGUGUCUGUGCCAGCUACCAAGAGAGUCCCCUCCGUACAGGCAGGGCGCCCAGGGCCAUGCACCCAGGGGGUGAAGCGACGCACGUCCUUCUACCUGCCCAAGGGGACUGUCAAGCACCUGCACAUCCUCUCGCACACCCGUGCCAGUGAGGUCAUUGAUGCCCUCCUCCGCAAGUUCACAGUUGUGGACAACCCCCACAAGUUCGCCCUCUUCGAGAGGUCCGAGAAGGAUGAACAAGUGUACCUGAGGAAGCUGUCUGACGAGGAGCAGCCCCUGCGGCUGCGGCUGCUGGCCGGCCCCAGCGAGAAGGUGCUGAGCUUUGUCCUGAAGGAGAACGAGACCGGGGAGGUGAAUUGGGAUGCCUUCACGCUGCCGGAGCUGCACAACUUCCUGCGCAUCCUGCAGCGGGAGGAGGAGGAACACGUGCGCCGGCUGCGGCACCGUUACGCUCGCUGCCGCCAGAAGAUGCAGGAAGCGUUGGCCACGCACACGCCGGGGUGA